AUGCGCAGUUGGCUCCAGUUUGUUCGGCGACCACUACCGUUCCAAGUCGAAAAAUCGAGGUAUAUUCGCGAAACUAGAAUCUCUAAGACCAACGAUAUAUUCAGCGCCUCCCAGUUAACAGAGAAAUCCAGCAUGUCCAUUGCCCGAAAUAGGAGUUUGCAGCAACCCAUUGCUUUUACAUCCGGCGAACAUAAUUCUGCGAAGGCCAAAGGUAGAACAGGACUGGGACUACCAGAGAAACUACAUAAGCAGUAUUGUGGCGCUUCUGGAUCCAGAACCGCUAAACUGUCCUCCUUUCGCGGGCGUCGACAAGUGUCAAAACUGACCUUCGAAAAGGAUUUGGAAUUGAUGUAUUGGUCAACUAUUGAAAGGAUCUUGGCUGUUCACAUCCUUUUGACCACUAUAUCAUUGCAAAGAAAUAUAGACAUGACUCUUACGAAACUAGAGAUAAUUUUCACUGCAUGCUUACAAAACACAGUGAAGUAUCUUGCUCUACAUAUUGGUGCUGAAAACAACAACUUUUUCUUCAGCGAAGACUCUCCUGGCUCAGUGUCCUCAAAUGAAUCUAACCACAGCAAUGAAUGGGAACUUGCCGAGCAGGGAAGAAGAAUUAUUGAAUAUAUUGCUAAUGAAAUCAACAACCUGAGUUAUGGGAAUGAUGUCUUGUGUGGCGUUGAUCUGGGAGAACCUUGUUGA